CAACUGCCUUCGGUCCACUUCGACACUACCAGGAGUAGUCUCUCUCAGAGUGCUUUUUCUUUCUCAUUUCUCCUAGGGGCUUACUGCGGUUUUUAGUUUUUAUAUCAUUCUAACGAUUGCCUUCUCCCACCUCUCGCCGUAUAUACACUAGUCUUCCCCACCCACCUAUCGCCAUGUCGUCACGGAAGAAGGUAUUAUUGAAGGUGAUCAUUCUCGGCGAUAGUGGUGUCGGUAAAACGAGUUUGAUGAACCAAUAUGUCAACAAGAAAUUUAGUGCCAGCUAUAAGGCGACAAUUGGGGCCGAUUUUCUGACAAAGGAGGUUCUGGUGGACGACCGACUGGUGACGAUGCAGAUCUGGGAUACUGCAGGUCAAGAACGGUUUCAAUCUCUAGGCGUUGCAUUUUAUCGGGGAGCCGACUGCUGCGUUUUGGUUUACGACGUGAACAACUCCAAGAGUUUCGAGGCCCUCGACAGCUGGAGGGAUGAAUUCCUUAUCCAGGCAAGCCCUCGAGAUCCGGAGAGUUUUCCUUUUGUCGUGAUCGGUAACAAGGUCGAUGUAGAGGAGAAUAAACGAAUGAUCUCCUCGAAACGGGCCAUGACCUUUUCUCAAUCGAAGGGCAACAUUCCCUACUUCGAGACGAGUGCCAAGGAGGCUCUCAAUGUCGAACAAGCUUUCGAGGUCAUCGCCAGGAGCGCUCUUGCGCAAGAGGAAGCAGAAGAAUUCAAUGGUGAAUUCAGCGACCCGAUCAAUAUCCAUCUUGACAAUGAGCGCGAUGGCUGUGCCUGUUGAUACCC